CGUCAUCCAACUACCAUCGGAUGCACACUGAUGACGUCCUCUUUGUGAGGCUGUUAUUUACAUCUGUCAUGGCGUCGGUGGAUUUCAGAGACAACCUCCUUGGGAUUUCCUGGGUGGACAGCGGCUGGGUGCCGAUUCUGAACCCUGGAAAUGUUCUGGACUACUUCUCUGAGAGGAGUAACCCCUUCUACGACCGCACCUGUAACAACGAGGUGGUGAAGAUGCAGCGGCUCACUCUGGAACAUCUGAACCAGAUGGUGGGGGUGGAGUACAUUCUUCUUCACGCUCAGGAGCCAAUCCUUUAUAUCAUCCGGAAACAACAGAGGCAGUCACCAACACAAGACAUUCCCUUGGCUGACUACUACAUCAUAGCAGGAGUGGUGUAUCAGGCCCCCGACCUGGGGACCGUUAUCAGCUCCAGAGCGCUCUCUGCUGUCCAUGGAAUCCAGUCUGCUUUUGAUGAGGCCAUGUCGUACUGCCGCUAUCAUCCAUCCAAGGGAUACUGGUGGCACUUCAAGGAUCAGGAGGAGAGAGAGAAAAAUAAACCCAAGACUAAGAAGAAGGAGGAAGCGAGCUCGCUGUUCCAGAGGCAUCGUGUGGACACGUUGCUGCUGGACCUCAGGUCAAAGUUUCCACCCACGUUCUACCAGCCUAAGCCUGGGGAGAAGCCCAUUCCAGUUGAGGUGAAGAAGGAGCCUGAACCCCCGGCAGAGGCUGUUAAACAAGAGGAGAGAGAACCGGCCACCAAGUCCUCGGCCCCCGCUCCACCCAGCAAGCCCCCCCCAGAGAAGAGAGCCAGGCUGCAGUGAGGAGAUACUCGUAUUACUCUGGGAAUAUACAGAAAGGAAAGUCGUACAGCACUAACUGAAACCACAGCUCAGGAGUAUUUUUGUUUCCUCUCCAUAUAUGCAAGACCCUCUACUCAUUUGAUCAGUUGUGGCUCAGAAUGAACCGGUGUAGGUACCAGAUGUGUUCGGCCUACCAGAUCUGUUCGGGGUCCGUUACGCUUACCAAUGACGUCACGCAUUGGCUGUACAGCAACCCAAGAGGACAUUUUACACGGCCAAAUUCCGCAAAGAAUAUUAAAAACUAACAAUCGACAGUGAAUGUAUGUUAGUGGAACUGUGUCUUAUGUUCUUAUAAAUUCGAAAUCAUCAGUAAAGUCUAAGACCAUAUUUCAGAGGGAUAUGCUACAUAUUAACUUUCUAUUAUAUGCAUUUCAGUUCUUCAUUAACAUUCCUUAAUUAACACUUCACUUUCCUGACACAGAUUGUCAUUGUCACAUCAUUGAUAAGCGUAACGGACCCCGAACAGAUCUGGUAGGCCGAACACAUCUUGUACCUAGACCGAAACAAAAGGCAGCUUCUCUCAGUGCCAGAACUACGUUAACUCUGUAACAUGAGUCCUGUGCAUGUGAUGAGUUUUGAGCUGUGCUACUAACGGGUUGAGUGCCUGAUGUCAGCAGGCAUUUAGCAGAAUUCACUAAGGAUGAGGUUUUCUUGCUGAUAAGCUGACGUCAGCAUCAGUGUCGGUUUACUGACACAGGGUGAUGUCAGAACGCAUCAUGUUAUCUGACUCGUCACCUCUCUUUGAUUUCAGACACUUUCCUCAGUUUUUUGUAAGGAAUACUUUUGUGUUUUUGUAUUAAAAUAUAUCACUUACUGUUU